AGCGCAAAGGGGCCGGAAAGGGCUCCAGCAGCUUGAAAGCUAGCGGCUACGGGCGCCAGGCGCAGGCCUUGGGGGCGGGCGCCGUCUUUUUUGUUUUCGCCCCGAAAGAAACGAAGCGCGACGGCGUUUGCCUAUCGCCCGGGCGUUACGUCGGGAAAUUGAGCGGCCCGCCGUGAAGCAGAAGAAGCACGGCGAGACGAGGCGCGCUGCCUGUCUUUGCGAGGGGCGGGCUUCCUGGGUUGGGGUUUGGUUGAGCGACGCGGCGGAUGAGCACGCGCGUGGACUGCUCCACGCAUGCCCGCCCGCAGCCGUAGUGCCGGGCAGCCUUUCGGGCAAGACGACCGAAGCGGCGCGGCCCUUGCGCCUGCAUGUGGGUGGUCUGAUUCAUCUUUUGGAGCAAUGGGCGCCGCGCGCAGGCCGGGCCCAAUCGGUUGCAGCCCAGCUGGCCUGCCGGCCGGGCCUGCGGGGGCCGCAAUGAAGUCCGCCGCUCCGCAGACACGAAGUGGACCGGGCGAGCAGGCCUGGCCGGAUGGCGCGGGCGCCGGGACGGACGAGAUGAAGCGCGAAGCGGGUGAACGACCGGGCAAUAUCAGAACAAAGAAAGGUGACGAGAGCCACGCGGCCACGGUGUUAGCUGCCCCGCGAGUCAGUGCGAUGGGCCGCGCGGCUUGUUCUGGCCGGCCCUUAGCGACUGCCCGGCCCGCCGCGCGCGAUGUUUGUAGCGGCCGCCGCCCGGGGCGGCGGCUUCCUUUCGCGCUGCGGCACACCUGGCCAGCCGAAGGGCGGCCCGCCCGGUCGCUGCCAGGGCGCUUGACCUCCUGACCCGGCUCGGUCGGGCGGCCCCCCUGGGCGUUUUCUAUGUCGGGUCUAAUGCCCCCGCGCUGUGGUAGCGCCUGGCCUGCCCUAGUCCGCCUUACUUAGGCUUUUUUGGAUGGGGCGCGCGCGCAGGCUUCGCUGCCUUUUUCGUUAAAGAAACUCGCCCGAGCAUAAUGAAUUGUAGUCGAGUGCGGUGUCGGUGUGGUUCGUUUUGAUUUGCGCCAACGUUGUUCAAGGAAGUCAACAUGUACAU